GCUCUGUAAAUAAAAGUGGGUGUUGCUUGAACGCCCGAUAGCGGUAACGGCUCUGUAAACUAUAGACUACUGGAUCUGUAAAAUACAGAUCGGAUUUUGGUUCUGUAACUUACAGAUCGAUUAAUUAUACGAAUGUUAUCAAUGUUAUUGGUGACAAUUUUGAUACUGAAUUGUUUAUUUAAUUAUUUGUUUUGACUCAAUAAUUAAAUAUUUUCAUUUUUCAUUGUUUCUUUUUAAAAUUAAUAAUCAAUGGAUUCGUCGGCUUCAUCUUCAUCUAGUGAUGAUGAAUUAUUUAUUAUUGAUGUUUUACAAUUGCUACCAAGACCACGAUUUUUUCGAGACAGGUCUAAUCCACUGGCAGAUUAUGAUGAUGUAAAUUUUAAACUAAGAUUCAGAUUGUCAAAACUUAUGUUCAUGGAUCUACUUGACAUGAUAAGCAACAAUAUAACUCAAAAUACACUACGAAAUGUGUCACUGUCACCAAUACUACAGCUUCUAAUAGCCCUGAGAUAUUAUGCUACAGGUGCUUUUCAGACAGUUUUAGGUGAUCAUAUACAUGUCCACAAAUCCACAGUUUGCCGUGUCAUUAAAAAAGUUUCUGAAGCUAUUGCACUUCUAAAACCUAAAUAUAUAAAAAUGCCAAGAUCACAAACUGAAAUCAACUUAGCACAAGAUGAUUUCUUGUUAGCACGUAAUUUUCCAAAAGUUAUUGGUGAAAUUGAUUGCACGCACAUAAAAAUUCAGUCACCCAAUAGUGACAUCGGAGAGAAAUUCCGAAAUAGAAAAGGAUUCUUUUCUAUUAAUGUACAGGCAGUGUGUAGUAGCCAUAUGCAAUUUAUAAAUAUUGUAGCUAGAUGGCCUGGUUCAGUUCACGACUCAACAAUUUUUGACAAUUCAUUAUUACGAGUUUGA